AUGACUACAGCAAAUCACGAUUUAACCGUAGAAGAAUGGAGUAAAAUGAGCAAGAAUGUCCGAGUAUUGAAUGAGAAUCGAGAAACGAAACGUAUUGUGAUCGAAGGUCAAAUUGAAGAAGGUGAAGGUGACGAGAAAACAACCAAAUCAGGUAUACUGAUAUUAGACAAGGUACCGUUCCAAUUUGAGGAAGUACUUACCUUAAUGAAGGACAAUGAACAACAAUUCAAAGUCGAUUUUACCAACGAUAUCUAUCGUCAGUAUACAGUUGCUGCGCGAUCAGCUUGUAACAAUGUGAAAUCGACAUUCAUUUAUCCGGCGACACCAUUACAUGUAGAAAAAUAUUCGAAGAAAGAUUUUGCUCUAGUUACUGAAACUCAUCGUCGAUACGAGACAAUUGUUUUACCAUACAUUGAAAAACAACAAUUUAAUCUUCAGUGGGUGUACAAUGUUCUAGAUGGUAAAUCAGAACGUGAACGUGUCUUAUUAGAUACUGGCGAUUUUCUACUUGCACUCAAUCCUUCUUGGGAUGGGACAGUAAAUGAUUCUCUGCAUGCACUUGCCAUUGUCAAACCGCGUAAUAUUCGUAGUAUACGCGAUCUUAAAUCCGAACAUUUGCCUUUACUUCAGAGUGUACUUGAAAAGUCUAUGAAUUUCUUUUCAUCGAAAUAUGGCUUAUCAUCGAAGAAUAUUCGUGCAUUUUUUCACUAUCCACCUUCGUAUUACCAUUUACAUAUUCAUUUUACUGCUUUAGCAAACCGAAUAUGUGGUGUAGAAGUUGAACGAGCUCGUCUAUUACAAGAUGUAAUCGAUCACAUUCAAUUACAAGAUGAUUAUUAUCAAACGAAAACACUCUAUUACAAAUUGGCAACCACUAGUCCCCUCUAUAAACUCUUCGAAGAUGACGAAAAUUGA